CGACAGUACGAAUUUAAACGCACGCUGUAGCUCAUUACAUUUAACGCUCUUUUAUCAAUUUUUUUUUAAUAAAAUUUUAGAGUUCUGCAAGCAAAGUGAAAAAUGUACCAAGUCGCUUAUACAGAUCAAAAUUACGAUACUGAAGGUGCGAAAAGCUUCUCCUUCGACGAAGAGAGUGUACGGAAGGGCUUCAUACGCAAAGUCUAUUCGAUAUUAAUGGUGCAAUUGCUCAUCACUUUCGGCAUUAUCACGAUCUUUGUAUACGUAGAUGCAGUCAAGGAUUGGGUUCACAAGACAUCAUGGAUAUUUUGGGUGGCGUUGGCAGUGCUUUUGGUAACCAUGAUAUGCAUGGCCUGCUGUGAAAGCGUACGCCGUCAAACACCGUUAAAUUUUAUAUUUCUACUUCUAUUCACAUUGGCCGAGUCUUUUCUACUUAGUGUAACAGCCACAUACUAUGCCGCCAACGAGGUUAUGAUGGCGGUUGGCAUCACAGCCGCUGUAUGUCUUGCUUUGACACUGUUCGCUUUCCAAACGAAAUGGGACUUCACCAUGUGUGGUGGCAUUUUAUUGGUGGCCAUCGUUGUGUUCCUCAUUUUUGGUAUUGUGGCGAUUUUCAUACCCGGCAAAGUGAUAACCCUUGUGUACUCAUCAAUUGGUGCAUUAAUCUUCUCUAUCUAUCUGAUCUACGAUACACAGCUGAUGAUGGGCGGCAAGCAUAAGUAUGCCAUUAGUCCAGAGGAGUACAUCUUCGCGGCGCUCAAUCUUUACCUAGAUAUCAUAAAUAUCUUCAUGUAUAUAUUGGCUAUUAUUGGCGUGGCCCACAAAUAAAUGGUCAACUUGAGUUCACAUAA